AUGCAAGCCACGGACAACCUCACCUCUGUGCCAGGGAACAGCAGUGUCUGUGCCAGAGAUUAUAAGAUCACCCAGGUCCUCUUUCCACUGCUCUACACUCUGCUGUUUUUCACAGGACUCAUCACAAACAGCCUGGCAAUGAGGAUUUUCUUUCAAAUCCGCAGUAAAUCCAACUUCAUUAUUUUUCUUAAAAACACGGUCAUUUCCGAUCUUCUUAUGAUUCUGACUUUUCCAUUCAAAAUUCUCAGUGAUGCCAAACUGGGGACGGGACCACUAAGAACCUUUGUGUGUCAAGUAACCUCAGUAGUAUUUUACUUCACAAUGUACAUCAGCAUUUCGUUCCUAGGACUGAUCACUAUCGAUCGCUACCAGAAGACCACCCAACCAUUUAAAACAUCCAACCCCACCAACCUCCUGGGGGCUAAGAUACUCUCGGUCGUAAUCUGGGCAUUCAUGUUCUUACUCUCGUUGCCCAACAUGAUUUUGACCAACAAGAGACCAAGGAACACAAACGUGAAGAAAUGCUCUUUCCUCAAAUCAGAGUUUGGUCUGGUAUGGCAUGAAAUAGUCAAUUAUAUCUGUCAAGUCAUUUUCUGGAUUAAUUUUUUAAUUGUCAUUGUAUGUUACACACUCAUUACCAAAGAACUGUACAAGUCAUACGUAAGAACAAGGGGUGCAGGCAAAGCCCCCAGGAAAAAGGUGAAUGUCAAAGUUUUCAUUAUUAUUGCUGUAUUCUUUAUUUGCUUUGUUCCUUUCCAUUUUGCCAGAAUUCCCUACACUCUGAGCCAAACCCGGGAUGUCUUUGACUGCACUGCCGAGAACGCUCUGUUCUACGUGAAAGAGAGCACUCUGUGGCUAACUUCCUUAAACGCAUGCCUGGAUCCCUUCAUCUACUUUUUCCUAUGCAAGUCCUUCAGAAAUUCUUUGAUGAGCAUGAUGAAAUAUCCCAAUUCUGCAACAUCUCCAUCCCAAGAAAACAGGAAAAAGGGACAGGAUGGUGGUGACCCAAGCGAAGAGACUCCAAUGUAA